AUGUUUGCUCGUUCUGCUAUCCCUACUCUCCGUGCCGCCUCGGUGCGUGCCUUCUCGACUCAGACUGCCAGCACUGGCACUGCCUCUGCUCGUCGCUACAUGGGUGCUGCCGCGCUCGCCGCCGGUGGUGCUCUCACUUACUCGGCUUUCGCCGCGCCCACUGUCCACCUCGAGGGCCCAAAGACCAUCGCUGGUGAACUCGGUACUUCUACCGAGCGAUCCUACGUCAUGAUCAAGCCUGACGGUGUCUCUCGCCAGAUCGUCGGAGAGAUCAUCUCUCGCUUUGAGAAGAGGGGAUAUCAGCUGGUGGCGCUCAAGACCGUCAUUCCCUCCGCGGAGCUCGCCAAGGAGCACUACAUUGACUUGGCCAAGAAGCCAUUCUACGGUGGUCUCGUCAAGUACAUCACCAGCGGAACGCCCGUCGUCGCCAUGGUUUGGCAGGGCAAGGACGUGAUCCGCCAGGGUCGUCGCCUCGUCGGUGCUACCAACCCGCUCGAUGCCGCUCCCGGUUCCAUCCGUGGUGACUUCUGCGUCUCGGUAGGCCGCAACAUCAUCCACGCUUCUGACUCGCACGAAUCAGCCACCAAGGAGAUCGGCCUGUGGUUCCACGAGAAGGAGCUCGCUACCGAGUACAAGCCCAUCGCUUGGGACAUGAUCAUGGCUGACAACUAA